ACUCUACACAGUUUUUGUCUACCCUUUCUUUUUCAGAUUUUGAUCCUUUUCAACCUUUUUCUUCCCUUAAUUUUUCUUUCCUUUUUUUUAUUAAUUUGAAUUUAUUUUAUCAUCAUUAUCAUCUCGCAUUACUUAACACUAUAUACCUGAUGCAUGUUUGUCUCAUAUUAACUUAAGCGAUAACAUUUGAAAAGGAUGCUGUACAGGAUCUACACUUAACAGAGCGUCUCUGUCUAAAUAAUGGUUGGUGGUGAUGACGAUACAAUAAAGCCUCUUAUUUGACACACACUGACACAAGACAGUGACGGCACCAUUAGUGUAUGCACCAGAUAAAUAAACAUAAUUAUAUAUCCCAUAAUAAUCUUCAGAACAUUUCCUCCCAAAUCUUUAUUGAAAAUACAGAAGAAUGCCCAACUUCAAUUCAUUGACCCAAGCAUAAACAUACGGUUAAUAGCCAUAGCAUGAUCUGAGUUACCUCUGGAGAGUAAUAACUCCUAUGAGAACUACAUUUGAGUAAAGGAUGACAAAUCACAACCAUGGCUCCUACGUAAGACGUCACAGAUCCAUAAUAAUAAAAUAAAAUACGGUUAUUUGGACAUUUAUCUGUGGGCAACUCAGGUGAGUGCGCAAAAUAAGGGUGUGUACUGUUAGUUAGAAUAUUUGUGAAACUAAUAAGUUCACUGGAUUUGACGUUUCUCUUAUUUUGUUACUCUUUCAUUGACAGCUGGAAUAUACAGAAAUCGGUCUUCCUUCAAUUGGAUGCGUGUUGAUGCAAUUGAUAGGGCAAUGCACAAUGUUUCAACAGAUAUUUGAUUCUUGAUUGUGUGAAUGUUAACAAAUUUCCUUCUUUAGGUUUUCUUCCCAGUUCACAUAUCAACAUGCAUAAUGUGACCGGGUUGUCGGGCAAUUCAACAUCUCCAACCAAUUUACACGUUAUCAUCAAGGUGUGUGUGGUGGUUCCCUUCUUCUCCAUCUUCCUCUUCUGCAUCGUAAUCAUGCUCUACAUCUUCGCAUCUAACCGGCACUUCAAGGACAGCACUCGCUACAUCUUGUUUGCCUUCAUGCUGGUCAACGACGCCCUAGUAAUGAUGUUCUCUGUGCUGCUCUUUCUGCUGGCAAUGGGCCAAUUGAGGUUCCCCAUUGUCUUCUGUGCCCCCCUGCUGUUUUUCUCCACUGCUUCCUUCCUCAACACCCCUCUCAUCCUAGCUACCAUGUCACUGGAGCGCUACGUGGCUAUCAUGUACCCACUGCAGUGCCCACCUUUAUGGCGGUCCGACCGCAUCUGGAUCAUCUUGCUGUGCCUGUGGCUCAUCAGCUGUGUCCUCCCCACGGUGGACUUCUCCAUAGCGGGGGCUCGUCCCGGACUGGACGUCCUCUCCACGCCCGUCUAUUGCAACUCUGUGGCCCUCAACUCUUCUCCCGUCCAGAAUUUAUUCAAGUUCUACAUGAACGGACUUUUCUUUGGGGCUGUGGCAGUCAUUGUCCUCUACACCUACAUCAGGAUUCUCCUGGAGACCAAGAAGAUGAGGCAGGACAGGGCCUCUGUGAACAAAGCCAUGCAGACAGUGCUGCUCCACGGCUUUCAGCUGCUGCUCUGCCUCAUGGCCUUCAACAAUCAAAUUACAGAAAGGCUACUCCUGCUAAACGCCUACUGGUCGCCCCGUGAACUCUACUUCUUCAACUACUUCUGUUUUAUCCUCAUACCCCGUUUCCUCAGCCCACUCAUCUACGGCUGGCGGGACAAGAGCCUGAGAGACCACAUGAGAAAAGCAACUUUCUGCUGCUCUUAUAGUCUCAGGACCCGUGGCACGCUGAAGCCAUCUAGAUAUUGAAAUGAUUGAUUUAUUUUUUACCAAACGAGAAAUCAGUGUGAUAAUGAUAUCCAUAAGAUACAGUUUUUCCAUUUCUUAUUUUGUGUGUAUACGUGUUUUGAAGACAAUGCUUCAAAGAUGAUGUUAUGACUUUAUUACCACACCUUAAAAAAGUUGUAAAUUAUAUUUAAUAUAUGAUUGACAACUGGGUGGCAAAGAUGCCAACCUUGGAUGGGAUUUUUUGGGUCAAAACUAGAGUGUGCUUUAAUAACCAAAUACAUUUUCAGUUACAAUCUUGUCGCACUGGCAAUAAGGCAUGUGCACUUGUGCAAUAUGUAACAAAUCAUAUUUGUGCUAACAAUCUAGUUAUAUCACAACGUAUAUAAUAAUUGUUUCUUCAUGUGAUGUUUUCUAUACUGCUGUUAAUAAAGUCACGAUCGUUUUCGGAAUUAUUUUGUUCAGUAUAAAUGCAAAUAGUUUUUUAAUAUUUAUUGACCUAUUCUUUCUGUAUUCAUGAAUUAUAACAUAUGAAAUAGGUGGGCCCUUAUUUUAGUUCCACUUAUUGAAUAAAUAUGUUUUUAGACAGGUUUUUAGACACAUAAAGAUUAUUGAAACAUCAGAAUUCGACCCAAAGGGUUAUGAGCAUACAUGUAUCUAAUCAUGGCAAAAUGUAUUGAAACGUCAGCAGUAGCUUUGCUUGUCUUCAUAAACUGUGGUUAAUAAAAUGAUAGGCUUAAUUUUUCCCCAUCUAUAGCGGCACUAUUUGCUCAUCAGGAGCGGCAGGGAAAGUGCCUAUUAGGUCCUAUUGGACUUGAGAUAUUGUUCACUCAGAGUACAAAGAUUUACUUGAACUGAGAAACUACUCAGAUAUUACUUUCUGCUUCGGUUAAAACGCUUGCCUACUACCAAUUCAAUUCUGAACAGACUUGUUUAGGCCGCUGGAUCAUACAAUAUUAUAGAAGUGUCAACGACUUAUGUUGGCAAUUAUUAAUAGCAUCCUGGGGAUAUCAACAUUGAACAGCGAUACAAAACAAGCAAAAAAUCUAAGGUUCCAACCUUCAAGUCUAAUGUUGGCAAUUAUCUAACUCGCGUUCGAUAAUUUUCUUAUCUAACGCGGGCCGCAUGUUUCUUAUUUAACGAGCGCCUGACAGUCUCUCCGUCCUGUCUCCCCAAACUGUCUUUUAUGUUUCUUGGACGGAAUGUAACUGGUCUUUUUCGUUGCUCUGUAACAUGUGCAAUGACAUUAAAGUUUAUUGAUUGAUUG